AAGGGGCUCACUUUCUAUGUCGUAUUGCAUAGUGGUGACUCUAUAAAGCAACCCCAAUACUAGAAGCACUACACCAAAUAAUUGAAGGUGACUUCACCAAAUUAUAGAAAAAGGCUCUGUAGUGUGUGUAUUGUGUACCCACAGGCUGCAGCUGAAUGCAACAGAGAGGAAGAUCUUUCAACUGUAGAUCAAAAUCUUUCUCUCGUUCUCGCCUCGCCAUUGAAGGUUGUUAGACCUUCAUUUCUACGCUAAGUUUCAUACCACUUAUCAACUUCUAAAUGGGUUCUCAAACCACUUCUGCUGAUCUUGAGGUCCUUUCUUUGCUUCCAUCUUAUGAAGGAAAGACGGUACUAGCUAUAGGCGAGGGCAUUGUUCAUCUUACCGGUGAAUUAGCCAAGAAGGCUGGCGAGGUUUUAGCUGUCGAAUUUACUGGAAGCAUAACAAAUGAGACCGAAAACAAUGUGAAGUUCAUUUCGGUUGAUGUAUCAUCUCCCAGUCUAGACAUUUCACCGGGAACCAUCGAUCUGAUUUUCGCUAAUUCAUUGUUUGCGCAUCUCUCUGACAAUGAGGUUGAAAAAAUGGUUCAAAGCAUUGCGAAAUGGUUGAAACCAGGGGGCUUCAUAUGCUUCGUCGAAACUUGUUUGAAUAACACCGCAAAUCAGGGCCAAAACAACUUGAUCCACUGUUGUGAUCCUAAGUACUACUCGAAGGUGUUUAAAGAAUGUCGCGUGAAAGAUGAAUCUGGGAACUCUUAUGAGCUCUCCGUAGUUGGUGGCAAAUGCCACGAAAACAAGAUUUGCUGGAAAUGGCAGAAAGUUGGUUCCGAGGAAGACAAAGGGUUCCAACAGUUUCUAGAUACUGUCCAAUACAAAGCUAGAGGCAUUCUCCGUUAUGAGCGUAUCUUUGGGUCUGGUUUUGUGAGCACUGGAGGGAUUGAAACAACAAGAGAAUUUGUGUCGAAACUUGACCUGAAGCCUGGACAGAAGGUUCUAGAUGUGGGUUGUGGCAUAGGUGGAGGCAACUUUUACAUGGCCGAGAAGUACAAUGUUGAGGUUGUGGGAAUUGAUCUAUCCAUCAAUAUGAUCUCCAUUGCUCUCGAGCGUGCUGUUGGGCUCAAUCAUGCUGUCGAAUUUGCAGUCGCUGACUGUACUACCGUAACUUAUCCAGACAACUCUUUCGAUGUGAUCUACAGCCGUGAUACCAUUCUCCACAUUCAGGAUAAACCUGCAUUAUUCAGAUCAUUUUACAAAUGGUUGAAACCAGGAGGCAAAGUUCUAAUUACUGAUUACUGCAGAAGUGCUGGUACACCCUCCCCUGAAUUUGCAGCUUAUAUUAAGCAGAGGGGAUAUGAUCUUCAUGAUGUGCAGGCAUAUGGCCAGAUGCUAAGAGAUGCUGGAUUUGAUGAAGUUAUUGCAGAAGAUAGGACUGAUCAGUUCCUGAAAGUUCUAGAAAAGGAACUAGCUGCAGUCGAGAAAGAAAAGGAAAGAUUCAUUGCAGACUUCUCGGAGGAGGACUACAAUGACAUAGUUGGUGGUUGGAAGUCGAAGUUGGUGAGGAGUUCAUCGGGUGAGCAGCGAUGGGGCUUGUUCAUAGCCGAGAAAGCGACAAAAAACUGAUACAUCAUAGAAUGUAUGUUUAGUUAUGACACUUAUCAGUCAGCUUGAUAGAGAUUGAAGGCUAUUGAAUUCAUUCUCUUGUUUGGUUUUCCUUUCUCAUAUUAAUCAAUAAAGUGGAAAAUUUUCAAAGAAACUAAAAUCUCUCUUGUAGAAUGAUUGCCUAUGUAUGCUCUAUGUUUGUUACUCUCUAUGUCUACUCCAAAAAAAAAUGGAGGUUACAACAAGAUCAGUAUAAUGCACCCGACAAUGGUCGGACUCAAAUUUAAAAACGGAUUA